GGAGCGUCUGGGCUCUUUAAGGAGGGGGUGGGCCUGGGGGCGGUGGCCCCAGGAGCGGUUGCCGCGGGGACGGGGCGGUGACGCGACCCGAGGGCGGAAGUGAGAAAGUUGCCGGCGUCCCGAGACGAGUUGGCGGAGCUGUGCGCGAGGCGCGGCGAUGGGGGGCUCCGGCAGCCGCCUGUCCAAGGAGCUGCUGGCCGAGUACCAGGACUUGACGUUCCUGACCAAGCAGGAGAUCCUUCUAGCCCACAAGCGGUUCUGUGAGCUGCUUCCCCAGGAGCACCGGAGUGUGGAGGAGUCACUGCAGGCACGAGUGUCCUUGGAGCAGAUCCUAAGCCUUCCUGAGCUCAAGGCCAACCCUUUCAAGGAGCGAAUCUGCAGGGUCUUCUCGACCUCCCCAACCAGAGACAGCCUGAGCUUUGAGGACUUCCUGGAUCUCCUCAGUGUGUUCAGUGACACAGCAACGCCAGACAUCAAGUCCCACUAUGCCUUCCGCAUCUUCGAUUUCGAUGAUGAUGGAACCUUGAACCGAGAAGACUUGAGCCAGCUGGUGAACUGCCUCACGGGAGAGGGCGAGGACACGCGGCUCAGUGCUUCAGAGAUGAAGCAGCUCAUUGACAAUAUCCUGGAAGAGUCUGACAUUGAUAGGGAUGGGACCAUUAAUCUCUCCGAGUUCCAGCAUGUCAUCUCUCGUUCACCGGACUUCGCCAGCUCCUUCAAGAUUGUCCUGUGACAGAAGCCACAGCGUGUAUCCCAGCACCUUGUCAAAGAACCUUUCCACUGCUGCCCUGUGGCCAAGGUUACGCCUGUGUUGCCAGGUCCGGCCAAGCUGGCCCAGUCGAGCUGGCACGGUGCAGUCUUGUCCUGGGCAGGGGAGCGCCCUCCACGUAAGGGCCUCUCCCCUUCUCACUGCCAUUGUCAUCGCUCUGUUUGUGUUUUUACUAAUCAAUAAUAAAGGUUUAGAAGUUUUGA